AUGCGCCGGCGCAAGUAUUUGCUCCAUUGCGCGUUUCAUUCGGCCACUCUAAUCGGCGAGACCGAUGGUCCAGUCGAGUUCGAGGUUAGCAUUGGUAACUAUGGCAAUAAGCUGGACGGGUCAGUAAAGCCCUCUUCAUCAACAACCCAGCCGACGAAUGCUGUAUACGAUGGCACAUACUAUCACUUUCUGCCGUGGAGUGAGUCGAAGCCAUGCACUGUUGUGGAAUCGCACUGGGAAGACAUCUCUUAUCGUCUGGGCGCGGUCAACAUGCUGUUGAAGAUGGCAGACAGGCUGGUACGUAGAAAAGUCUGA